AUGUUCACUCCUCUUGAUAAAUUGUAUAGAAUCACCAACAUAAAAUCUUAUGUCCCUCUUAUCCUUGAUCUUGACAGAUUAAAUUAUCAUGCAUGGCGUGAGUUCUUCAAAAACCACUGUGCUUCUUACAAGGUUUUCGGCCACCUUGAUGCCUUUGAUCACAAACCUACAGAUCAAGACUCGUGCACUGCUGACUCCAUUGUCAAACAAUGGCUCUAUGGUACCCUCACACAACCUCUUAUUCAAUCCAUAUUGAUACCUGAUGCUACAACAACUCAACUAUGGAAGGCCAUUGAAGACCUCUUUCGUGACAACAAAGAAGCAAAUGCUAUUGAACUUGAGAACCAACUGAGGAAUACUACUCUAGGUGACUCCACAAACAUGGAAUACUACAAAUGUAUCAAAUCUAUAACUGAUCUUGUAGCAAAUAUUGGAUCAAAAGUUCCUGAAAGAACCCUUGUCACGUAUGCUCUCAAUGGAUUAUCUUCAAAGUUUGAUCACAUAGCCACUACAAUCCGUCACAAGACUGCAUUCCCAACUCUUCUUGAGAUCCGGUCCAUGCUUUCCAUUGAAGAACAAACCCUACACAAUCAACACAAUCGGAUUCCUCAAGCUUCUUACUUCGAUUCAUGUUCUUCUCAUCAAGUGCUGCAUACUAAUCAUCACUCUCAAUCAAAUAAUUCUGGACCUUUUCGUGGAACCCAACGUGGUGGUGGUCAGAAUCGGGGUGAUGGAAGAGGACGGAAUGACAGACGAGGACGUGGCAGCUAUCGGAAUAAUGGAGGCGGAACUUUUCUUAGCGCAGCAGGUGCGCUGGCCCACUCCUUUACAGGCCCAAAAUCGAAAGCAGCUUCCUUGGCCCACUCAGCAGCCAGUCCAACAGGCCUUUUUUUUGCUGGACCUCAACAGCAACAACCCUUUAAUGGGCAGCAGGCCUAA